AUGCAGUUCUUCACUCUCGCCGCCCUCUUCGGUGCCGCCGCCAUGGCAGCACCCGCUCCUCAGACCCCCGAGUGCCCUAACCCAGCUCACUGCGGUGGCCCGCCAGACCCAAACACCUACGAAAACAUCGACUUCAGUGACUACUUCCUCCGCAAGAACAACGGCACCAUCCAGUCCGUCUCAUUCAAGCUCACUGGCAAGGACGCCACCGACCUCGAGUGCUCUGGUGGUCCUUACCCUACCCUCCCCACUGAGGUCGAGACUUGUGGAGACAGCAAGUACCGCUUCGGCAUGUACCAGCCCGAGAACAGCACCGACAGCUUCGGUAUUCGCGUUUACCAUGAGCUGGGCACUGCUGUCGGCUUCUGGGGUGAAGGUGAAGUUCCAACCUACUGCCACGCUGGUGGCAAUGGUCCUCAGGACUUCGUCUGCCAGCAGACCAAUGCCUACACUCUGGUUAUCACUGGCUCUGGUUAA